AUUAUGUGUAAAAUGUUUCAUCUAUCGUUAUCUGUUUACUGUCAUCGCUAUUAAUCGUUCUAACAACAAGUUGUGCCCCACGUUGUUUAUGAAUUGAAUUUGAAUCUUAAGGUUUAAUAUGAAAAUGAAAGAGAAACGUAAACAUAUUGGCCUAAGGCCUAAACGAAAUAACUUACGAAAGGACAAAAAACCGGCGAACAACCACAAAUUCAUACAAAGAAGCAGACAAAUGGAACAAAUGCAUAGAACUGAAAGUCAGUAUCAGGGCACAAUUGAUGAUGGAUCGAAAUUAACUGCCGAUCUUUUACCAUUAUUAAACGAUGAAACACAAUUUUACGAGCAACUUGUAAGUGGAUAUAGUUCUACAAUAACAGUUCCCACAGUUAAACAUGAAGAGAAAUGUAUUUUGCAAGAAACAAAGAUUGAGGAAGAUGAUAUGGAUCAAAUACCAAGCGAUUCUACAAACUUAAAGCAAGUUAAUGUAUUUACAAACAGAUUUGAUUUUGAACUUGAGUCGGAAGAUAUUUCUGCAAUACUUGCAAAAGACACAAACGAGCUGAAAGGAAAAUGGUCAGCAAUUGGAAAUUUCAAAAUCGAGAAACCAAACUUAAAAUCGACAAGUGCCUCGGAUGACAACUACAAACAACCUGCCGAUGUUUUAAAAGCAACAGAUCUUCAGCUAUUAAAAGUACAGAUGUCAUUAACACUGAAUGUUUCGUAUCCCCUAUCCACUAAACAAACAGAGCUCUUUCAUAUGGCCAACAGCUAUUUAGAUCUGUACUAUCCUCAACGAACACAUGAUAAUGCAGAGGAAAUUCGUUAUGUCUAUUGCCUGCAUACUGUUAAUCACAUAUUAAAGAGUCGGGCAUUGAUCUUGCGUAACAACGAGAAAAUCAAUGAACUUGUAAAAAAUCCAAAGCAACCGACAAGCGAAAUGUCUUUGCCAGAUAGUGUCAGGGAUCAGGGUCUAACGCGAAUGAAAGCGCUCAUUAUAUUGCCAUUUCGGGAUUCCGCUUUGAAAACUGUGCAAAUAAUAUCAAAGUUGCUAUUUGAAAAUCGCAAAGAUCCUAAAACCGGCUAUCCAGUUACAAAGUACGAACGUUUUCUUAAAGAGUAUUCCGGAAAUACCGUUUACUUUCCCAAAACAAAUCCGAAACCACCUGAUUAUGAGCAAACAUUUAAUGGUAAUACGGAUGAUAACUUCAAAAUUGGAAUUCGCUUGACUAAAAAAUCGAUGUCCUUGUAUACGGACUUUAGUGGAUCGGAUAUUUUGCUUGCGUCUCCGUUGGCUCUGCGUAUGAUUAUUAAUGACAAAGAUCAAGACUUUGAUUUUCUGAAUUCAAUUGAACUAUUGAUCAUUGACCAAGCCGAGCUUCUUAUAGCACAGAAUUGGGAAAAUCUGCUGCAAGUGUUGGACCAUUUACAUCUACAGCCUCAAAAGCUCCCUGAAACCAAUUGCCAACGACUGCGUUCAUAUUGCCUCAACGCGACGUCUCGGUUUUAUAGGCAAACCCUCUUGUUCUCUUCGCAUGAUUUACCUGAAUUUCGCGGAGUUAUAAAUAAUAAAUGCCACAAUUUCCAAGGAAAAGUGCGCAUAAUCAAUAAGAUCGAAAGUGGAUUCAUAAGCAAUGUUCUAACGCCAAUCAAACAAGUUUUCCAACGUAUUGACUGCUCGAGUAUGGAGUCAGCUUUGGAAGAUCGCUUUCAGCAUUUCGUUCGUUAUAUUUUGCCGCAAUUCACAAAGUCUGGGCACUCCCAUUGCCUGCUCUAUGUGCCCAGCUAUUUUGAUUACGUACGGCUACGAAAUCAUUUUAAAAAAGAAAUGAUCAACUUUGUACAAAUAAGCGAAUAUUCAAAGAAAGAGAAAAUAUCCCGUGCGAGAGACAUUUUCUUCCACAGCGGCGCUCCAUUCAUGCUCUACUCAGAGAGAGGCCAUUUCUUCCGACGCACUCGCAUCAAGGGAAUUAGACAUUUAAUAUUCUAUCAGCCGCCAAAUUUCCCAAAUUUCUACCCGGAAUUAAUUAACUUUAUGCUUGAUAUUAACCAAAAUCCCAGAGAUGGCUUACAGGAUAUUAUGAGUGUCAAAGUCUUAUAUACGAAAUUUGAUUUAUUAAGCUUAAGUAAUAUAAUUGGAAAUGAGAAUGCCUGGAGGCUGACAACAGGUGCCAGCGAUUCAUACCUCUUCUCCAAUAACGAAUAAACAAUUUGUAAAUAAAUAAAAAUGUUAUCGUUAUAGCCAAUCGGAUCGUCUCUUCAUAAUUAAGAAUAAUCAUUCAUAAUCAAGAACUUGAACGUUCAGCUAAGCUCUGAAUGCGGCUCCUAACAAUCAACAGCACGUAUGUAGUGGACGUGACAGGAAGCCUUCAAUCAAAAAAGGCCAAAUACCAUUAUUAUUCUAAUAAUUGGUAACUAUGUCUUUACGAGCUGCUAUUUUCCAAUUUGACACACUCUCAAUAAUGUAAUGUGAUCAACCUGCAAACCCAGGCGACAUUACAAUAAAACAUAUUUUUUUGAUACCCCUCCGCUAUGGUUGUGUUAAAUU